UUGAUAUCAUUCGCAGUAAAACAGUCAAACCGAUAAUACGACUAUGUCCGACAAAGCUGAAAGGGUGAAAUCCGUUUUAGAGCAAGUGGCUAACACUUUAAAAAUUCAAAAUUACGAAAUUAUAACCGACAAUGAGUCGAAACGGGGCGAGGGAUUCCUGAGCGAGUGUUUUACUGGGAAAGUUCAAGAUAAAGAUGCCGAUAAAGUCAUCGAAGUGUACAUAAAAACACCUCCAAUAUACCAUAUGCCGUAUGAAGCUGCUGUUUAUAGAAAUGAGUGCGAGUUUUACAGCAAUAUAUUUCCAGAAUUUGAUCAGUUUCAGAAGGAGAAAGAAGUUAAAGAGCCUAUAGAUCAUUUCGCCCGUUGUUUUUGUACUAACUAUGAAAAAGGUGAAGAAUAUAUCGCUUUAGAAAAUUUGACCGUUCAAAAUUUUAUUUUAACUGACAAGGCAAAGCCCUUAGAUGAGCAACACCUUAGGGCGGUUUGUGAGAUUUAUGGUAAAUGGCAUGCUUUGACUUUUUCCUACAAAGACCAGAACAAGGAGAAAUACGAAGAACUUAUUAAACCAAUAAAAAAUAUUUAUACUUACUUUGCAAACGAUUCAUUUUUCAAAUGGUUAAAAACUUUACUGGAAGUAGCUUAUAAUAAAAUUAAGCGUACGGAUGAAUCUCGUGCUGAAAAAAUUCAAAAAGUUAUGGAUAAUUUACCUGAAUAUUGGAAUAACGCAAUUGAGUAUACUGGAAGAUAUUCGUGUUUCAUACAUGGCGAUUGCUGGUCUAAUAAUUUUAUGUUUAAAUAUGAUAAGGAUAACAAUAUUGAAGAAUCAAAAAUACUCGAUUUUCAACUAAUACGAGACUCUACACCGGUCCACGACCUCUCUUACUUCUUCUACUCAGGUGCAUCUAAGAAAGACUUAGAUAAACUUGAUGAGUAUCUGGAUCUCUACUACGACACUUUCUCUAAAUUCUCUAGGGAACUUGGAAGCGAUCCUGAAAAACUACUACCAUACGAAGCUUUAUUAGCCGAUUGGAACACCGCUUCUCUUCUUGGGUUAUUAAUGUCUAUAAUCUUAUGGCAAAUUAAAUUAGUACCAAGAGAAGUUAUCCAGAAAAUAGGAAAAAACGGGAAAAGUGGGCCGAAAGACGGUAAUACGGAGAUUGGAGGUGCAUUAGGAGAGAUUAAAAAUUUAGAUAUUUAUGCCGAAAAUAUUUGUGACGUACUAAAUCAUGCUAUUGAUAGGAAUAUUAUUUAAAUUGUGUUAAAAAGUAUAUUUUUUCAAUUUUUUGUAUUUUUGAGGAUUAUAAAUAAAAUUCUACAUACUUUCGCA